AUGGCUAGAAAAUUAUCUACAAAUGAAAGACCAAUGAAAAAUAAAUGGAAAGUGACACUUUUUUUUUGCCAUUUGCUUCUCUUCUUGUCCUUCUUCGUGCCGCUUCGAUCGAGCUAUUCUCUUUCCUUCAACAUUUCUCGGUUCGACGGCAAGGUCACAAAUAUGGUCUAUGAAGGUGACGCGAGGCCGAAUGGCGGGACCGGGACCGUCGACUUCACUAGUGCUACUUACUACUGCCAUGUUGGCCGGGCAUUUUACACACAGAAGCUGCGGCUCUGGGACUCCGCCACCAGGAGACUCACCGACUUCUCCACUCGCUUCUCCUUCACCAUCGACACGUGGAACCGGUCGUUGGAGUAUGGGGCCGGCUUGGCCUUCUUCCUUGCCCCGGUCGGGUUCCAAAUCCCAGUCAAUUCAGUCGGUGGCUUCUUAGGCCUGUUCAACACCACAUACAGUGACUCGUCUUUGAACCGAAUUGUCGCGGUCGAGUUUGACCCCUGCGCCAAUUCCGAUUGGGAUCCUCCAUAUGAGCACGUUGGGAUCAACAUAAACUCGAUCGCCUCGGUCGUGACCACCCCUUGGAACGCCAGCUUCCACAGCGCCGACAGCGCUGAUGCAUGGAUUGUGUACAACUCCACGACCAAGAACUUGAGCGUUUCUUGGAGCUACCAGACCACGUCAAACCCAAACGAGAGCACAAGUAUUUCGUAUCAGAUUGAUCUCACCACUGUCUUGCCCGAGGAGGUGAUGAUCGGUUUCUCAGCCGCGACUGGCUAUUACAUGGAACGUCACCAACUUGAGUCUUGGUCCUUCAGUUCAAAUCUCGAAUUCGAGGAACAGCAUAGAAAUGCAAAAAGGACCAAGUUGGUUGUCGGUGUAGCAGUUCCUCCUGGGGUCCUACUCUGCGGCAUCGUGGUGAUAUCGGCAAUCCUCAGGAGGAGGAAGAGGAGGAGCGAGGGAUCGGAGACGGCAAACUUGAUGUCCAUAAACGGCGAGCUUGAGAGAGGCGCCGGGCCACGGAGAUUUACGUAUGCGGACCUCGUUUCUGCUACCAACAACUUUGACGAGGAGAGGAAGCUGGGCCAGGGCGGGUUCGGGGCGGUCUACAAGGGAUAUCUGGUUGGGCUGGAUGCGGCAGUCGCGGUGAAGCGGAUAUCGAGAGGUUCAAAACAAGGGAAGAAGGAAUUCAUCACAGAGGUGAAGGUGAUCAGCAGCUUGAGGCACAGAAAUUUGGUGCAGCUUAUAGGUUGGUGCCACGAGGCGAACGAGUUCAUGCUCGUCUAUGAGCUCAUGCCGAACGGUAGCCUCGAUAGGCACCUCUUCGGCAAGAAGCGCAUUCUAGGUUGGGCUGCCCGGCUCAAGAUUUCGGUUGGGCUCGCCUCCGCGAUCCUCUAUCUCCAUGAGGAGUGGGAGCAGUGCGUGGUGCACCGGGACAUCAAGUCGAGCAACGUGAUGCUAGACUCGGGGUUCAACGUCAAGCUCGGAGACUUUGGGCUGGCCCGCCUCAUGGACCACGAGCUCGGGCCACAGACUACUGGGCUGGCUGGCACAUUCGGGUACUUGGCUCCGGAGUACGUGAGCACAGGGCGGGCAAGCAAGGAGUCUGAUGUGUACAGCUUCGGGGUGGUCGCCAUCGAGAUUGCUACGGGACGGAGAGCCGUUGAUCCGAUGGAGCAAUCCUCGCAUGUGAGUUUGGUGGGGUGGGUGUGGGACCUUUACGGGAGAGGUCAGGUUAUUGAGGCCAUGGAUGAUAAACUCCAAGUGGAUUUCGACCAAAAUCAAGUGGAGCGCUUGUUGGUUGUGGGCUUGUGGUGUGCUCAUCCCGACCGGAGCCUGAGGCCCACCGUAAGGCAGGUGAUUCAAGUCCUCAAUUUCGAGGCUGCGGUCCCGGUUCUUCCUAAUAAGUUGCCGGUCGCAGUGUACAACACGCCGUUGCCACCGUCCGUUUGUUCCGGCGAGCCUUUCAUCACUAAUAGCAUCGAAGAGGGUCGUUGA